AUGCGGUUUCAAUAUUCCAGCCUAGUCACGCUAUCUGUUACUUUACUGGCCUUCAGUGCCAAUGCUGUACCUUUGGGUACCGAUACAUCUCCCUCUUCACCACUCCAGAAACGCAGCCAUGGAGACUGUAGUGGGGAUCCACGAUGCCAGGCUUGGAUGGGUGCAAAUUUCAAGGCUCUCGUUGCCUCUACAUUUCGUGACGGAGUUAACUAUGAUUAUCUGGUGCAACGUUCAGCUGGAGAAUACGUAGUAGCCUACGCUUGCGAUAACUCCUACCCCGGUAAGCUUGGACAGGACAUCAGGAACAUGUUUACGUAUGGGCUAUACGACAAGGCCGGUUGCAAGGCUUGUGGAUAUUGGUACCUCGAUGAUGCAGGUGGCUGCAAAGUCAAGGCAAACUACUGUAUCGGUUGUGCAUCAAUCGGUUGA